GCCUUACUCUGGUUUGGCCCAGAUUGAUCGGCUUGAAUUUUUUUUUUCCUCUUUUUCCCAAUUCUUGAAACCCAAGAAACUGUGUUAAAACAUCUCAAUACCCAAUUUCUUCGUAAAUCUCUCGCUCGCGUUUCCAACACGAAGAGGAAGACGAAGAGGCAACAAUGAGCAGCAUCGGAACGGGCUACGAUCUCUCCGUCACCACCUUCUCCCCUGAUGGUCGGGUUUUCCAGAUCGAGUACGCCGCCAAGGCCGUCGACAACAGCGGGACCGUGAUUGGGAUCAAAUGCAAAGAUGGAAUUGUUAUGGGUGUUGAGAAGCUGAUAUCAUCGAAGAUGAUGUUGCCAGGGUCGAAUCGAAGGAUCCACGCUGUUCACCGGCAUUCUGGAAUGGCUAUUGCUGGUUUAGCGGCCGAUGGCAGGCAAAUUGUUACAAGAGCAAAGUCAGAAGCUACUAGCUAUGAAAAGGUUUAUGGCGAGCCCAUACCUGUGAAAGAGCUCGCAGAACGUGUUGCCAGUUAUGUCCAUCUUUGCACACUUUAUUGGUGGCUGAGACCUUUUGGUUGUGGUGUUAUUCUUGGAGGUUAUGAUCGGAAUGGACCUGAACUGUACAUGGUUGAACCCUCAGGGGUCUCAUAUAGAUAUUUUGGGGCUGCAAUUGGAAAGGGAAGGCAAGCAGCAAAAACGGAAAUUGAGAAGCUUAAAUUGUCUGAACUAACUUGCAGGCAAGGUGUGAUUGAAGUUGCGAAAAUUAUAUAUGGAGUACAUGAUGAGGCAAAGGACAAAGCCUUUGAGUUAGAAAUGAGCUGGGUCUGUGAAGAGUCAAACUACCAACAUGAGAAGGUCCCUGAUGAUCUGCUGGAGGAAGCUAAGGCAGCUGCCAAAGCAGCCUUAGAAGACAUGGAUGAUGAUUAGACAAAGGAACAAGUCCUUUUAUCCUUGACCACCUUCAUUUCCUUUGUUUUAGCGGGCAUUUAGAAUGAUGCUUAUUCAGUUCAUCUGCAUGUAAAAUCCCAACCCAUGAAAUACAGAAAAUCAGCUGUGGGGGAACUAGACUGUGUUUGAAGUCUGUACAUUGUUUUGUUGGAAGAACAUAACCCAUUUGGAUAAUUGUUAAACUUGUUCACCAUGUCCAUCACAGUGGUGGUAACUUGACUGAAACUCAAAGCGAUUGGUCAAAGCUUAGCAUUACUUGGUUUGUUUCUCCAACAGGCAGCAAAUUUCAUGUUUUUACCACGAGGCCUUUACAUUUGACAUUUCAAUGUUGAUAAAUUAAAUUA